CUACAACCGUUGACUUCUUGAUAUAUGCUCUGAGGCUGAUUUAAUUCAUCUCAUCCAAAUUUCUUUGCAAUCAUUUCGCAUAAACUCUUCCCAAUUAAGUUUCGACUUUAUAUAUCUUUCAAGCACGUCUUCAAUGGCGUCUUCUUCAACUUCACCUAUUCACAGCUUUCAGUAUGAUGUGUUUUUAAGCUUCAGGGGUGAAGACACCCGUAAGAAUUUCGUUGAUCAUCUUUAUCUUGCUCUUGAGCAGAGAAAGAUAUCUACUUACAAGGAUGACGAAAAAAUCGAGAAGGGAAAACGGAUCAGUGAACAACUCAUUAGAUCCAUUGAAGAUUCAAAGUUCUACAUCAUUGUUUUUUCCAAAAACUAUGCAUCCUCAUCUUGGUGCUUGGAUGAGCUUGUGAAGAUAAUGGAAUGUCACAAGACUAACGAGCGUAUUGCUUACCCCAUCUUCUAUGACGUGGAACCCACCGAAGUCCGCCACCAAACCGGGGCAGUUGAAAAAGCCUUUGCUAAACAUGAAAAGGAAGAGUCUGCCGAGAAAUGGAGAGAUGCUCUGAAAGAAGCAGCCACUCUGGCUGGAUGGGAGUUGAAGAACACGGUUGAUGGGCAUGAAGCUAAAUUCAUUGAAAAAAUUAUAGAAGAUCUUUUACUAAAGUUACCUUCCAACGAUCUCAUCAUUGAUGACAAUUUAGUAGGCAUGGAAACCAGGAUCAACGAAGUCUUAUCUUUUUUAGGAGUUGGGUUUGAUGAUGUUCGGAUGGUAGGGAUCAAAGGGAUGGGUGGUUGUGGGAAGACAACUUUGGCCAGAGCUGCGUUUAAUCAGAUAUACUCUAAGUUCGAAGGUUGCAGCUUCCUUGAGAAUGUCAGGGAAAAUUCAUGUUCUGUCAGUUUGAAGUCAUUACAGGAGCAAGUCCUUUUGAAUGUUGUCUUAAAUGCUCAUCCCAUCACCAUAAAUAUACAAGGUGACAAGAAAAGACUGAUGAAGCAGAUGUCUAGGACAAAGGUUCUUGUUGUUUUAGAUGAUGUGGAUUGUGUAGAACAACUUGAGGCUUUGGCUGGUAAGCCUAACUGGUUUGGGAAGGGAAGUAGAAUUAUCAUUACAACUAGAGAUGAACAAGUGCUGUUAAAACACAAUGUGAAGUUGAUUUAUAAUGUCAAGUUGUUAUCGGAUGAAGAAGCAGUCUGCCUCUUCAGUAGGCAUGCAUAUGGGCGAGAUAUUCCAAUUAGUGAAGAGCACAAAGGAAUGUUAAGAAAAGUUCUACAUUAUGCUGAAGGUCUUCCCUUAGUGAUCAGAGUAUUGGGUUUAAAUCUCGGUGCAAACUACGGUGCUAAUGAGCGUGGAUGGAAAGACACCCUAGAAGAAUUAAAAACAAUUCCGUUGGAGGAGACUUCAAAAAAAUUGGAAUUAAGCUAUAGUGGUCUCGAGAAGGAUUACAAGGAAAUGUUUCUGGAUGUUGUAUGCUUGCUGAAAGGUGAGACGAAAGACUAUGCAAUCGAAGCACUUAAAAGUUGCGAAGAUUAUGCAAAGCUUGAUUUAAAAGUUCUUGAGCGAAAAUCUCUCAUAACUUUUUAUAAAAAUUCUAUGGGUUAUGAGUGUGUGGGCAUGCAUGACCAUAUUGAAGAAAUGGGUUGGAAUAUCGUUCGUCGUUUGCACCCUGAUAAGCCUAACCAACAUAGCCGAUUAUGGAUUGAUGACGAAAUUGAAUAUAUAUUGGCUAAUGACUUGGGUACUGACGCAACAAGAUGUAUACAAUUACGCACAAAGAAGCUCAACCCGGAGAUUGUUAUGCAAGGUCUUAGAAAGAUGAAGCAACUUAGAUUUCUUGACGUGCAUGUGGAGAAAAACAUCCGUGCAAAUAUAUUUGAUCGUUUUCCUUGGAAUUGGAAAUUUAAUAAAUUUGCCCCAUACUUUCCGAAUGCUUUACAAUAUCUACGUUGGAAUAAUUACCCUUUUAGAUCUUUACCGAGAACAUUUCAAGCAGAUAAUUUAGUUUCACUUGAGAUAGCUCACGGCGAAAUCGUACAACUUUGGGAAGGGGGAGAAAGAAAGGUUCUUAACAAGCUCAAAUUCCUGGACCUCUAUAAUUCAAGGUUGAGGACCCUUGACCUUAGGCUGACUCCAAAUCUCGAGAAGUUGAGUCUUGGAGGAUCUAAUGAUUUGGUAGAACUUGACAUGGGUGCUGGAUGUUUAAAGCUCAAAUACGUCGACAUCAGUUUUUCGAAGUUGAGGAGCCUUGAUCUUAGGCCGGCUGUGAAUCUUGAGCUGUUAGUUCUUAAGAAUUGUGAUGAAUUGGUAGAACUUCAUAUGCCUAGUAUAUGUCUAAAGUUGAGAUCCUUCAACCUUAGUAAUGCAAAUUUGGGAAGAAUUGACCUAAGGCAUGCGUCAAAUCUCGAGGUUUUAAGGAUUGAUGGAUGUGUAAAUCUCAGAUCCCUCACACUCCUUAAAUCAAAGUUGAGGACCCUUGAAAUCGGGCUGACUCCAAAUCUCGAGCGUUUAGAUCUUCAAAAGUCUGACAAUUUGGAAAAGCUUAGCAUGGCCGAUACAUGUGAAAAGCUUGCAUAUCUCGAUAUUAGCCAUUCAAAGUUGAGGACCCUUGACAUUGGGCUGACUCCAAAUCUCGAGCAUUUAGAUCUUCAAAAUUGUGAUAAUUUGGAAGAACUUCCUAUGGUCAAUUCCUAUAAAAGGCUUGCAUAUCUCGAUAUUAGCCAUUCAAAGUUGAGGAGCGCUGACCUUAGGCUGACUCCAAAUCUUAAGACAUUAAAGCUUACAAAUUGUUCUAAUUUGGUAGAACUUAAGGCUCCAGCUGGGUAUGUAAAAGGGCUUGUCUACUUAAGCUUAACUGGUUGUUUGAGGUUUAGUUCCUUUACUUAUCGUAGUGUGGAUGAAUCGGAUCAGGAUUUCAAGAAGCAUUUGCGGGUUGCGAAAUUUAAGAAAGCUUAA